CGCUUAAAAAAAAAAAACUACUCAGUCCCAAAGGCGCUACGAACUCAUCACUCAUCAGACUUAGCUUCUACUGUUCUCCCCUGUAAGGCUGUAACACCAUUACGCCAACGCUCUGAAAACCCUAACACUCAGACAGAGCUCAUCGGCAUCGCUUGCACUCUCUCAUCUGUCGGCGCUCCCUCCGUCGUCUCCCCUAACCCGUCUUUGCUGGCGUUCACACUCCCUCGGCACUCAUUACUCACCGCGUCGGUCAGCCAAUGGAGGUCGCCUUUCCUUUCUCCGCGCCGCCAGUCUCUGCCCUCCUUCCUCUAUCAUCUCUUCUCAUCUGCUCUACCUUCUUCUCAGCCAACGGGAACGGUGGAAGUUUCGAUUCGGUGAACGAGUACCUUCUCCGGAACAUUCUGGCGAGGCUCCCGGCUCGUUGGUUCGCUUCCGCUGCUUGCGUCAGCAAAUCAUGGAGCUCUGUCCUUAAUCGAAUCCUUACUCGUCCAAAGCUCUCUUCUGCCCUUUCUCUCAAUCCUUCACUUUCCGUGAGUUUCACCUAUUUCCCCCCAAUCAAAACAUUUCUUAAAAGCUAGGGUUAAUUGAAAAUGGAAAUGGAGCUUCGUGAUUCUAUCAGCUUGUUUUUGGAGUAAAAUUCCCAGCUUCAAUUCUUCAAGGCUUUCUUUGUUAGAUCGGGGAUUUAUAUAUGUUAUAGCUCAUAUAUGUGGAGGUGGAGAAAUGGGGAGGCCGUGGUAUGAGAAUGGGAAAUUUCUGAAGAAAAAGAACAUCUUCACUGAUUUUAUUGCUUGUGCUGAAUAUUUGAUUGAGAACAAAUUUUGUUCUAAGGAAAGUCUGUGCAUUGGGGGAAGAAGUGCUGGAGGUUUGCUAAUUGGUGCAGUUCUUAAUAUGAGACCAGAUUUAUUCAAGGCAGCUGUUGCUGGAGUACCUUUUGUGGAUGUUUUGACAACUAUGCUUGAUCCAACUAUUCCUCUCACCACUUCAGAAUGGAAGGAAUGGGGUGACCCUAGGAAGGAAGAAUUUUACUUCUACAUAAAGUCAUAUUUCCCCGUUGAUGAUGUGAAGGCACAGAAUUAUCCACACAUUCUUGUCACUGCUGGAUUAAAUGACCCACGGGUUAUCUAUUCUGAACCUUCAAAGUUCGUGGCAAAGAUGAGGGAUAUGAAGACUGAUGAUAACAUACUGCUUUUUAAAUGCGAACUUGGUGCUGGCCAUUUUUCAAAGCCGGGGAGAUUUGAGAAGCUCCAAGAAGAUGCCUUCACUUAUAUCUUCAUCCUGAAGGCUCUAAAUAUGAUGAACGAGCUCAAGUUUUAAAUUCCAUGAGGCAUGGAUGCGGUUAAAGAGAAGGAGCAAAACACUUCCUUCCUAUGCUUCAUAAAUAACAUGUCAGACAUUUGGCUCCCGUUAGGCAUUUGCAUUGCCCACAACUAUUGGAUUUUCAUUGAUAAAUAAUAAAAUCCCAAAUAAUAUUGUUUUUCUAGGGUUCAAAACCCUAUUAUAUCUGGUUAGUGGUUACUGCGUUGUUGUCAUGCAUGGUUCCGAUCCAGAGAAGAGAGAAAAAUUUUGUUAUCCCCGAUCCACGUAUAUAAAUUUUUUGUUAUUUUUGUGAAUUUUAAUUAACUGAUUUGAUUU